AUGGACCCAUUUGACUUUGCUGACGAUUAUAGACAAAAACACCCAAAUGCAAACAAGGACCAGAUUAGGUUGGCAUAUCAGGCAUACCUCGAAGAUCAACAAGCAACGAGCAGUUCACGCUUUCCGGUGACAGCCAGCACGGUUCUCGAUAAAGCUUUCAAAGUUCCGUUUCAACAAGAUGUGAAUUACUUGGCCAAGCUGGACCAGCGAAUUCAUGCGGUUGCCAAUGGUGGCAAUGAAUUCUACAACUAUUUGGCUAUUGUACAGUCCUCAGGAUAUGGAAAAACCAGAGCCGCCCUUGAGCUAGCUAAAACGCGUCCCCUUAUAUACAUAUGUUUCCGCAAGGAGGGCUCGACUGGAUACCCACCUGCAACUCCGCAGAGUAAGGAGUUGUUGAAAGAUCUCUGGUCUUCUGAUUUCCCAUAUGUUGAAAGGAUUGCAUUGUCAUGGAUUCGGUCUAUGAUCAGGACAUAUUGUCAAGAAAAAACUGGCGAGAAUUAUCGAGAAAAGUUGCUGAACAACCUGCAAACACAACGUGAGUUUUGGGAUUCCGUUAGUCAAAAUCGUGACGCUGAUGAACAUUUGGGGAGUGUAAAGGAGAAGAUAAUACUAUACUUUGAUGAGGCUUCUGCCCUUCUCGGUGAAGGUGCUGGUUCUCAAGAGAAGAACCAGGCUUUCAGAGCCAUUCGUCGGGCACUAUGGGAAUGCAAGCAUGCAGCUAUAGGUAUCUUUACUGAUACUAAUUCAUCGGUUGCGAACUUGGUACCUUCGAAAGAACGCGAUCCGUCACAACUAUGGAUUGCUUACGGUGGGUAUGCUAAUUGGGUAUUAUAUUAUGAUUCAUUACUGCCAUCUCAUCACGACUCAUCGAGCAUUUUGGAUUGUAGUAACUCCAUCCCCCAUCUGGAAAAAAUUAAUCCAACUUAUGAUAUUGUUCGGUUCGGUAGACCGCUCUGGGGCUCCCAAUGGUCAGGUCAAACUGCUGAAACUGACCAAGAAGACAGAUUUGACGAAAUAUUACGUCUUGCGAAAUCCAAGCUUACUGGGGGAGCACUUAAGUGGAGUGAAAUCCAGGAAGAUACUAUUAAACGAAGAGUUGCCCUUGCUUUGCUUGCUUGCACAGCUGCACUUUAUGUUUCUCCAACAUCAAGUGUUGCACCUGAACUUGUAAAAUCGCAUAUGGCUACGCUGGUAGCUGUUGACGACGAACGCGAGCGACACCUUAUUACUUACCCAUCAGAGCCUUUACUGCCCGAAGCCUCAAUGGAACUGUUAUCAGAAAAAGGUGUGGAAAUUGUGGUGCUAAAGGAACUAGAUGCUGUGUACAAAUCUGGGGGCAUUCUCGACGCAGGGGAUCAAGGGGAAUUAGCAGUGAAAUUGUUGCUCUUGGGAGCUUGGCGCCGCCUCAUUUGCACCGAACGACGCACCAACAAAGGAAUUUUAUUCUCUGCUCGCCGACCAGUUAUGUCAUUUCUUCGUGAACUUCUUGAUUCAGAAGGACUUUCAAGAGUUAAGCUUCCCAAAAUCGAUGAUUUCGAUAUAGGCUUUACUCACUUCAUUUCGAUCAAUCAUAAACCCAACCAAGAAACCAUUGAGGCAAUUUGGGAACGACGUGGGGCAAUCCACUUUAAGCGUAAUCAACAAGGUGCCGAUCUUGGGCUAAUUAUCAAACAUCGCACUACAUCACAGUUUGGGGCCAUUGUAUUUCAGGUCAAGAACUGGGCAAAUCCACCAAGCCAAACACAAGAAGAACAAGCUACUGGGCCCUUACUUCGGGCAAAGGUCAUGUUUGAUGAGGAUUGUGCGGCUUCUAUAGAAGCCAACUAUCUUGGUGUUUAUUUACAUGUGGGCAAAGCAUAUACAGAAACAGUUGCUGAUAUCGAAGCAAAAUAUUAUGACAAGACUGCAAAAAGAAAGACAUUGAAACGUUCUGUAACGAGGGCUAAUUCCAACCGGCUCAUUGUCCGUGGUCUGGCUUCUUUCAAUCUCUCAGACGAGUAUCGGACUGUCUUUAGGAAUCUCAUUUGCGCAUGGAAUGACCCACUUACGGUGUGUGCUGGGGAUGAAACUGAAUUGUUGUAUCAAAUGCUUCCCUGUGUCUAUGGGCCACCUAAAAAGAG